UUGAUUUUUGGUGUUCUUUUAAAACCGCCGCUAGAAUCCCUUUUUCCGUGUAAAAUCGCUGUAAAAAGGGGGGAAAUGUUCACAUUUCUGUUCUAUCCUUUGUCCUAGAUCAACAAACUGCACUCUGGUCGUGGUUCCCGUUGGAAUGGUAAACCAGGAAAGUGCAGAACUGCACCUAGUCUUUCGGCACUAGCUCGCGCUGGUUUCGGCUUUUCCAAGAAUCCGCCGGGGCUGUUGAUAUUCCGUUGUAAUUUGCCGUUCUCUAUUUUCAAUUGGCGAAUCGCAAAGACAUUGUGAAGGUGUUGUGCAAACUCCUGUGAGACUGUUUAUAAACUGUUCAUCGUUGCAAUUAUGAUAAAGUUUGCCCGAGCCAGGCGUUGCCUGGUGGACGUGGCCACCGGGUUUGUGGUGCCGGGGAAUAUGGUGAAAUCUUCGCAGCGGACAGCGGCCACGAUGAGACUAAUCUCGCCAGCUAGCACCACCGGAGUCUGCCGUUCUUCCGGACACUGCAGCUACUCCACACAGGCCGACAACCGGAAGCCGGCUACCAAGGAUUUUGACGACGGUGAUCGACCCCCCUCGGACCCGGAAGCGGUUCAUGCGGAUCUUCUGAAGCGCCUCUCGAAACUGUACGACCAGGAACUGAGCCAGAAUCUGAUUGUGCCGCCGUUCAAGCGAGCGCUCCUCUACGGCCAAAAGGCGGCCGUACGCGAUCAGGCCGGUGAUUUCACCUUCAUCCAGCUCUACGAAGCCGCCAAACGACUGGCCUUGCAGAUAUCGCAUCACUGCGGCAGUGCUUCCCAAUCGCGAGUGGCUUUCCUGUGUCCAAAUAACAUUACCUACGUAAUCACACAAUGGGCUUGCUGGUUCUCCGGACAAAUCGCGGUCCCGUUGAACCCUAAAUAUCCAGCUGAUUUGCUGGAGUAUUACGUUAAAGAUUCGGAUGCUUCCUUAUUGAUCAGCACGGCGGAAUUUCUGGCUUCCGCUGAACCAUUGGCAACUAAACUGCAGAAACCGCUACUGCUGGCUAGCCACGAGCUGUUGACUGGCUUUCCUGUUACAAACGGCAAUGGAGGUGGACAAUCGGUGCCGUCCGAUCAGCAGCAACCUUCAGCCUUGGACACCGAUAUGUCGUAUCUCGAUCCGCGGCGUGAAAAUCUUGUUCAGCUCAACGAUACGCUCGUCGUGGAGAGUGCACUGAAUGGCGAGUUCUAUCGUGAUGCGAACGCAAUGAUCCUGUACACCUCCGGUACGACGGGUAAACCGAAGGGGGUCGUGCUGAGCUACGCUAAUCUGGACGCCCAGCUGUCCGCCCUGACGCACGCGUGGCAGGUCACUUCGGCGGAUUCGAUUCUACACGCGCUACCCUUGAACCACGUGCAUGGUACGAUCAACGCACUCAACCUUCCACUGGCUACCGGUGCCAAAUGUGUGAUGCUGCCAAAGUUCGACAGCAGCAGCGUCUGGAGCUAUCUGCUGAACGUGAACAUGACGACGAAGGAGCGCGUUAACGUAUUCAUGGGCGUACCGACGAUGUACGGACUGUUGAUACGCGAGUACGAUAGCGUGUUUGGGCGCAACGCGCGAAUGUGUGACUACGUGAAGACGCACUGCAAGAACAAGAUUCGUCUAAUGAUCUCCGGUUCAGCGCCACUGCCGGGCACGAUAUUCGAUCGCUGGCAAGAAAUCACCGGUCACCGGCUGUUGGAGCGCUACGGUAUGACGGAGAUCGGUAUGGCCAUUUCCAAUCCCUACCUGCAGGAUACGGAGCAACGUAGCCGCCGGCAGGGUUGCGUCGGAAUGCCUCUGCCGGGAGUCAGCGUGCGCAUCGUGGAACCGGACAGUGGCCACAAACUGACGCUCGAGGGAAAAGAAAAUGAAGGCAUUUGGCGAACCAGCGAUGCGAGCAAGGAUCCGCCCCAGGCGCUUCCGACCGAGACGAUUGCUGGCCAGCUGCACGUUAAGGGGCGCUCCGUAUUUCGAGAGUACUGGAAGAGGCCAGCGGAGACGGCCGCCGAGUUUGAUGAGGACGGAUGGUUCCGUACCGGUGACACGGCAAGUUACGAAAACGGUACAAUACGCAUUUUAGGCCGCACAUCGGUAGAUAUCAUCAAAUCGGGGGGAUUUAAGCUGUCGGCACUGGAAAUUGAAACGGCACUGCACGAACAUCCGGACACGAGCGAUGUGGCGGUGCUCGGUGUACCGGACGAAACAUGGGGACAACGUGUAGUUGCCGUGAUCAGUCUGCGCCCGGACGUAGCACCCGAAACAUUUAGCAUUCCCAAACUGCUGGUGUGGCUAGAACAGAAGCUUCCAAAGCAAGCCAUACCGAAGGAGGUGCGCCUGGUGGAGGAAGUGCCGCGUAAUGCGAUGGGUAAGAUUAACAAAAAGGAACUGACGGCAAAGUUGUACAGCAGCGAAACAACGCCACAACCAAACCCGUCAGUAACCAGUACUGGUGAUAAGGGCGGAACAGCGUAAGCAGCGGGACAGCAAGCGAGCAGGAGUGUCCAUGUGGGUCGAGCAGAGAUCGCACAACCGAAUCGUAUUUAUGUGUAUCAGAUAGGGUCAGAUAUAGAGCCAGACAUGGAAAGGUCUGGCGGAAUGUGUCCGGAAGCGGCGAAGAUAGGGGCCGAGCUAGCCACAGUGGUAGCUCUCGCUAGUCAUUCUUCAACAAGAUAUGUAUCGACUAUACGGAAUAUUGUACCGUUUUUACCGCUUAAUUUGCAGCUUUCGGUUAGAUUGUCAGUAAAUUAACAGUUUUUCUCUGCUCCACCGUGAGCGUGGCGCCAGAUGAAAUCAUUCAACUCACUCUCGAUACGUAGCGACUAAAACGAACUCGAUGCAUCGUUAGUUAAGCAAAACCGGAAUUCAUUUAUCGUUGUAUCGCACUUAAUACAAUCCUCCCGAUUACUAUCGCC